UACACUGGGAUUCCCCCUCUGUUGAAAGCUAUCGCGUGGCCUAUUCCAACCGAUAAAGAAUUUCAACAUUUGAGGCAUUUCAACGUGGGGAAUAAGGCUAAAACUCGCUAAUAAAUAUGGAGAGCGGGGAAAUGAGGCAAAGGAUGUCUUUGAAAGAAAAGUUCAAGGAUCAUUACAGAACAAAUCCGCCGAAAUUUUCACCGGAACCGAAGGAAGCCAAUAAGGUCGGCGUUACUUACUUCACGUGUAUGUUGCUGAGUUUGACGAUAGAAGGAGUAUUCAUCCUGAUUCCCUCGAAUUUCAGAGGAGAGUUCUAUUCGAUAAUAAUCUUUGAAGUUCUUGGAAUUUUCAUUUUCGUGCAGACCUGUGCAAACUGGUAUCGUACGUGGUACGAUGUUGCAAAUUACGUGCGAAGUACCACAAAGGAGAAAUACUUCUCGUGUGAAGACACUCCCGAGGGGUGGAAACACUGCUUCACCUGUCAGCUGGACGCCCCUCCCCGCUCACACCACUGCGUUCUGUGUAACAAGUGCAUGCUGAAGAGAGACCACCAUUGUUACUUCACAGCUUCAUGCAUAGGAUUCCAAAAUCAAAAAUACUUCAUAAUGUUUUGUUUCUACACAGUGUGUGGGUGUGCCCUGGCUCUGUAUCUCCAACUGACUUACUUCAGUGAAAUAUUCCCUCUCAGUACAAGUGCUGCGAUCCACUACAUUCCAGUCAUGCCUGUGUGGGACUGGAUGACUGGAGUCAUAUCCUUCCCUGUGCUUCUCCUGAUGAUCCACAUGUAUAUGACUCUUACCUGUUUAGUGGCCACAGGAAUGUUCGGCACCUGGCAGAUGCUGAUGAUCAUCUGUGGCAAGACUAGCUACGAAGCCAAGAGAAACCUCUCAACAUACAACCUGGGAACAUUAGACAACCUCAGAUGUGUGUUUGGCCCCAUUAAGUUCUGUGUGCUUCUGCUACUAGCUCCCCUUACUUUGCCACAACUUGGGGAUGGAAUACAGUGGGAGAUUAACCCUAGAUGUCAAAAGAGGUCCUGAUCAGACACUGCAGACUGUCUCAUGUGUAUGCCUGUUUCACGAGUGUGCUUUUACAUUUCAUCACUUUGAACUGAUCUCAUCUGUCAAAUGCUACUGCUGAACUUAUUUUCUCAGGCCAUUCCUUGUUAUGGAGUCUGGGAUAGCUUGUCACAUACUCAACCACUUACCGUUUAUCCACCAGUAUGCGUGUGCAUUGGAGUGGAUGGAACUCAUUUGAAACUCUCAAUCUUACAAUUAGUGAGUGAGUGUGGUUUUACGCCGCUUUUAGCAAUAUUCCAGCAAUAUCAUGGCAGGUCUUACAAUUAGUGAAUGAGUGAGCAAGUGAGUGAGUCUAGAUUUACACUGCUUUUAGCAAUAUCAUGGCUGGGGAUGCCAUAAUGGGCUUCACACAUUGCACCCAUGUGGGCAACUGAACCCAGGUAUUGCUCGUGAUGGGCUGAACGCUUUAACCACUAGACUACCCCACAGCCAAUUAGUGAAUGAGUGAGUAUAGUGUUACAUAACUGUAACCCAGCAAUCUGGAGCAUUACAAUAAAAGGGCUUUUGGGUGAGGUAACCCAUGGACAUUACAUAACAAGGUUUUGGAU